AUGGACUAUAGAAAUGUAUCAGAGAACUGCAAGGAGCUCUCUGUGCCCUGCUCUGACUCCAAUCCUUUGCCAUCUGGUGUGUCUGGCACGGAUUCCUUGGCUGCACAACGAACUGCAACAACCUUGGGGAGGCCAGCAGCUGCAAAUGCUGCCCGAGAGCGCAGCCGAGUGCAGACUCUACGCCAUGCUUUCCUGGAGCUGCAGAGAACCCUGCCCUCUGUGCCCCCUGACACCAAGCUCUCUAAGUUGGAUGUGCUGCUCCUGGCCACCACCUACAUUGCUCACCUUACCCGCAGCCUGCAGGAUGAAGAAGAAUUGCCUGGAGAGGGCCUGGGCACGCUAAGAGGAGAUGGCUACCUGCAUCCAGUUAAGAAAUGGCCAAUGCGAUCAAGGCUAUACAUUGGAGCAACAGGGCAGUUUUUGAGUCACUCAACAGUGCAAUCAGAAAAUGCAAAUCAAGGAGAAACGCCAGCAAAUUCACAAUUGUAA